CGCGACGUGCUGGUGACGUCAGCGGCCUCGUCGGUCAGUCCAGAUCCAGGAGGAGGAGGAGGAGCACGGAGAUCUCAUGUCGGCAGCUACCCUGAGACACACUACAACAUUAUAAAGGGAGCGGCGCUUAUGUUAGCAACCGCCAUCUUCCCGUCUGACACCAGCUAGAAGAGAUAAAAGCGGCGAGUCCGGAGAGGAGAUGAUGUAAACAAUAUAUCUGGAGAAAGAAAGACGCAACGAGCAGCAGUUUGGCCUCAAAAUGAGCUGAUAACACAGCUCUGUAAACGUGGGGCGCGGCGUCCCGUCGCCGUCUAAAAAUAAAAAUAAAAAAAGAAAGAAAGAAAGAAAGGAAAAGAAAGAAACUUCCAGAGUAUCAAUCAUGAUUGUUCCAGCAAAGUGAGCAUUACACAUCACCAUGUCGCAGGACAAGAGUUCAUUCCCCAUUAUGGGUGAGACCAACCCCCUUCACAACAACGUCUACGGGCCACCUCAGCCAGGUUUCGGCGCGCCCCCUCCCAACUACAGCCAGGCCACAGGGGGACCGUACCCACCAGCAGCCGGAUACGGACAGCCUGGAUUCCCCCCGGCAGGCCCAGGCUUUGCCCCUGGUCCCUACCCUCAGAUGCCUUACCCUCAGAUGCCCUAUCCACAGGGUCCCUAUCCUCAGGGGCCGUAUCAGCAAGGACAGCCAGGUUUUGCCGGAGACCCCAUUGAAGCACCUGCAGACAGCCCCGGCUACCAUGGCGACGUGCCUCCAUCUUACUACGACAACGAGGAGUUCACCAACUCUGGCUUUGAGGACAAGAACAUCCGACAAGCUUUCAUCAGAAAAGUCUUCAUGGUUCUCACAGUGCAGCUGCUGGUCACUUUCUCCUUCGUCGCCGUCUUCACCUUUGUCGACGAUGCCAGAGACUUUGUGAGACGCAACCCUUGGACAUACUACGUGUCCUACGCGGUCUUUUUCGUGAGUCUGAUCGUCCUGAGCUGCUGUGGAGACUUCCGCCGCAAGCACCCCUGGAAUCUGGUUGCUCUGUCCAUCCUGACACUGAGCCUGUCCUACAUGGUGGGCAUGAUCGCCAGCUUCUACGAAACCGAGACCGUCAUCAUGGCUGUGGGCAUCACUGCAGUGGUCUGCUUCACUGUCGUCCUCUUCUCCCUACAGAGCAAAUAUGACUUCACUUCCUGUCGGGGCGUGCUGUUUGUGUGCCUGAUCGUGCUGUUGCUCUUCUCCAUCCUCUGCAUCUUCAUCCGCCACAGGAUCCUGCACAUUGUCUACGCCUCACUGGGAGCCCUGCUCUUCACCUGCUUUUUGGCUGUUGACACCCAGCUUCUCCUGGGCAACAAGAAGCUGGCCCUGAGUCCAGAGGAGUACAUAUUCGCCGCCCUCAACCUCUACACUGACAUCAUCAACAUUUUCCUCUACAUCCUGGCUAUUGUGGGACGCUCCCGCGAAUGAGGCGGCACCUUCAAUGGCCACAGCAGGGAGAUCAAAAAUGCCUCCAUUUAUUGUGAAAUGUUGCAAAUACGCCCUCUCUCUUUGACUCAUUUGACUUUUUCUUUACAUUUUUUUCCCGUGAUACUCUGUGAGUCCUGUCACACACGCACACACAGACACACACACACUUACACAGUUCUGUUUUCGAAGCAGGUAGUCGAGGAAAUACAGCCUGUCAUAAGCUGAGGAGGGGCACUAUUUAUUCACUCUAACACAGAUCUCGCCAUUAUUGACAGACCCCGAUGUUCUGUCCUCAUUUUUGACCACUCUGCUUGCUAUAACUGCUCCCUGCUUCUUCUACGCCCAGAUGGCUUUGUCUGCGUUACCUACCCCUGCAACUUCCACUUUGGCUCGGCACAUACAGAAUAAAACAUGUCACCCUGUGAGUGCUUGGCUCUCGGCCUGGCCUCGCUGUAGAGAUUAAACAGAAAAAGAGCGAGGAAGAUGAUGCUUAAUAAUGAUACGAACCUGCUUUGCCUGAUGAGAAGUUAGCGUUAGAAAUACCCUUCAAAUCUGUCUCUUUUCCCCAAGUUAUGUCAUCCUUUCAGCCUGCUGGUGUGAAGUAACUCUGCAUGGCAAAAAUCGGAAACACAACUAAAGAUGUGGUAUGACUCUCUAGAGCUACCAGAGGAAUACCUUUAGCUUGCUUGUCACAGCUGUAAAUAGUUAAGUGUUUUACUGUAUAUGAAGCCAGUAUCCCCCCCACCCCUACCUCUGAAAGGCAUGCUGGAGUGAUUCUCAUGGAGGUGUUGCUUUUUUUUUUUUUCUUUUUAAAGAAGAAUGUGCUCAGUUAUAUGUUGCGGUAACUAACACCUAUUGAUGACACACGAAUGAAGUUCGGUGGAAAAUAUAUAUGACGAACUUGAAUAUUUAAAAAAAAUAUUUAUAAUCAGUAGAUUCCUUGAGAACUUAUUUCUUCAAAUUUUUCGUUCUGAAAUUAUUUGUGUAAUUUCAUAGCUUCCAUGUUCCUUUUAAAUUUCCUUUGUAUUGUUUUUUUACCCCCCGUACUGUUCGCACUAAUUCCAUCUUGUGUGUUAAUUAAUGUGAAGUGAAAAGGUAGUGUUGUAUUUUUUUUUUUCUCAUUUGAACGGAUGUAUUGGACUCUUUGGGCGCUCUUAUAAAAAGUUGUCCCCGUUAAAACUAAUAUUUAAGUAGACAGACACCAGACAUGAAGGAAAUUAAUCUUACUGACAGUAUUUAUCGAGUUUGAGGUUGUUGUAAGGAACAGAGGAGUCCCUUUGGAAACUUGUGAAGAUAAUAUUACAUGACGUAGUUGUGGACACAUGAUGUACUGGUGACGUUCAAAAUGAAGCAACAUGCAAAACACUCCUACAUGCAUACACACACACACACACACACACACACACACACACACACACACACACACUGAAUUAUAUAUUUAACAUGGAUAUUUUAUUCUGUAGAAUCUCUUGCAUGAGACUCUCCUUAUUUGCAUGUGCUGAAAAUGCACACAAUGCACCUGUUCUUGUUUGAUAAUGUUUUAUGAUCUGUUAGACUUUUUUUUUUUUUUUUUUUUUGUAAUUGUUUGUAUCCAACUAACAUGUAUGUGUGUAUAGAACUCCUUAGUGGUUUGACGUGUAUAGAUGAAGUACGUUUUUGGCUUUGGGUCUGUUUGCACUGUAUAUUUGCAUCAAAUCAAAGUUGAACCGAAUUCCUCUACACAGCUGUUUGCUUUUCAUUAAAAUGGAUACAAUGGAAA